UAAAGUCGACUUUGGAAUUACGGAAAACGAAGCUGUCGUUACUAAAACACUAACACUCAACACAAUCAGAGUAGAAGACACAAUUCACAAUCGACAAGGUGCACAGAAAGCACCAUAAAAUGUCUGAACUGCCUGAAACUCCUGAAAUGAACUCCCACAAGGUGGAGCCCAAGAAGUACUCACCACAGGAGUACAGGGAGAAAAUCCUUAGCCUGUUUCCGCUUCCGCCGAAACCGGAAAAUAUGUGCCACGAUGCGUUCGUGAAGGAGCUCCUGGAGCCAUAUGUCCUGGAGACCAAACAGGUGGCUCGAGCCGUAAAGAUGACCCGCUAUUCCCCCGGGGACGAAUCUAGUGACGAUACGAACGAGGCGUUCCUGGCAAAGAUGUACAAAAUGGACUACUCGGCACGGGCCACCGUUUACAUGGCCCAGGCCACCUUAACCAGGACCAGUACCAAGUCGAUCCUCAGUCCCGAGCAACGGGACUCGGCAGCCCAGACGACCCAAAUGUUCAAGGUGCGCUUCGCCAACCUGAUAUCCGACUUCCGGAACGUGUGCAUCAUCUACCAGCUGCUGCAGCUGCAAGAGAUCCUCAACGUGAUGCGGGAGUAUCCGCCAGCUGGCACCAAUCCCAACGACACUAUCUUCGGAUGGUCCUACAAGGAGAAUCUAAAGCGCUUUGAACAGCAGCCGAGUACAGUGUAUGUGGACAUUCUGGAGAAGAACAAGCCGGAGGCCACGCUUGACGACCUUAAGUUUUACGUGGAUUUGGGAGAGCUGAUCGGCCUGGUACAGGCACUCCUAGACGAUGUGAUCCACGACAGGGAUCUCUGCGCUCCGCACGGCUUCAUGGAGCGUCUUAAGGACACCCAAGUGGAUAUCGACAAGCUGAUAGCCCUGCCCUACGAGACAAUAAUGGCCGAACACGAUUCACUACUUGAGGAGAAGGAAAAAAAGAACCGGGUGGGAAAGUUCCACAAUCCCAAGCUAACGGCUAAGCAGCAUGCACUUAACAAGGAACGAUUUCAGAUCGACUUCAUGAACCCAAUCGAGUCGCGCUAUAAGGUGAAUUGGACCCACGAUAUUGUGGAACAGGGGCAGUACAUUGACUUCCUACGCUGCAAGGUGCUUUCCGACGAGCUAGAAAAGAUCGCAGAGCUGACGACCAAGGACAUGAGUGUGUGGAGGAGCUGCCAUUUGGAGUACGUCACACUGAUCGAACAGUACAAGAACCGCAUCAAUGCGGUUCAACAGGCCUACGACGACGACAUGGAAACGGCCGAGACUAAGUUGCAGGUGACCAUCAACCGGGUGAGCAAGUGCAAGGAAGACCUGAGGUCCUACCAGGAAAAGGUUGAGGACUUCCAUCUGAAAAUAGAGGAGGUGCGCGAGAAGAUUGCGAAGGAGUUGGAAAAGGAACGUGCCCGUUUGUCAGCUGCACGAGUUUCUAAACGGAUGUCCAGGAUAUUGGCGAGGCAGAAGGAGGAGAAGAAGGCUGCCGCAAAGCAGGCGAAAUUGGAUAAAAAGCUGGCCAGAAAAAACAAAAAAUCUGAAGAAUAGUGUCAUUCCUGCCAAGAGAAUCCUUAUUGAAAAAUCCAGUAAUGUUUAUACAUUG